AUGGAUACUGAUUUAGCUUAUUGUCUUGAAAGAUUCAUUGAUGAUCAGAUAGAAUUAAUAGAUCAAAAUUUGGAAACCAUCGAACAAAAUGAAGCUCAUGAAUAUGCCAAAAUAGACGAAUUAAUGUUAUCAGAAAAUCCAACAACAACAGCAACAACAACAGAAGCAACUCCAAUAAGCCAAAGUACACAUGAAGAAGAUGCAGCCAUUGUUCAACGUUUCGUUAGCGAUCUACUUGAUACUGUAAAUAAUGAUAGUGCUGCAAGUAGUCCGAAUGAUUUAAAAGAUUCUUUAGAUGAAUUACGUUCGGAACUCACAAAACAGAUAGAUGAAUGCAUGGAGUUUAUAGUUCGAAUUCGCAAAUUAGCUAGACCUAUACUUGGUUCGACUAAUUUCGUGACACAAUGUAGAGAAUUUACCAAUCGAUUAAGUGCGGAAAAGAAAUCUGAAAAAAAUUUUACAGAUUUAUGUCAAAUUAUAGAAACAAGUGAUUUUCGUAGUGUUGUUGAAAAUAUUCAAAAUUGGUGGAAAGAAACAUACGGGUCUUCUAUAAAUGAAAUUAUUCAUUUAAAUAAACGAUAUAAUCCUGGUAUUAACAAUAACGAUAUGGUUAUUUUACCACCACGAUGUUCAAUAAUAUUAUGUGCAAAAAGAAUUAUCUCGAUUCGUAAUAUGGAAUCAAACGCUGAUUCACGAAAGCAUGAUAUUGUAUGUGAAUUCGUUCGAGAAAUUCAAUCGAUUGAUGAUAUCAAUAGACAAGAAAUCAGUGCUGAUGAUCUCAUUGUACAACUGGAUAACAGUGAUAUUAAUAGUGCUAUUGAAUUUGCAAAUAAUUGGUUGAGUAAACGAGACGCUAUUCGUGAUAAACAAAAAGAAGAAGAACAAUAUCUUUCAACAACAUCAUGUAUUCACCACGAUGAUGGUCUUUCACUCAUAAAAGUUACAGUUUAA